GUGAGCGGAGGGGGGCGGAGGUUUUAAGAAAGGUUCUGCCAUUGCGGUGUCGAGUUUACUGGGAGCUAAGGGAGCGAGGAGGUUAUAGUGGUGAGAUGUUAUUAUAACAUACUGGAACUGAAUUAUUCGCCGCAUAUCGAAUGACGUACACAAUAAUGCAAUGCUGAACUAUGCAUAUUACACAGGCAAGAGGUCUAUGUUUAUACAGGUGUGUUACCUGUAGCUCCCAGAGAAAAGGGGCUGGGUUUGUUUUCUCACUUUUCGGUUCUUUCCGGAACAGCUUACAGACCGGUUUAUCAAAUGUAUUAACGUUCAUCUAUGGAUGAGAACGGAAAACCCUGGCGCAAAGGACAUGCCAGUCGCCUUCGCUGUGGACAUACCUCGUCGGGAAUUCCUUGACCGUCUUUUGAACAUACUGUCAAUUCGAAAAUGGCUAUUGUUUAAGUAAAUUAAAGAGGAAUAUCCACGUUAGCAACUGCUUCCUGGUCAUAUCAAACUGCGACUUUUUAUUACGACUUUUAAGUGAUUGAAUGCGGAGGUUUUCCCUGAAACUGAGCACUGACGCAUUGUGGAGAAAGCGAACUGGAUUUCCCACCCGGCUGCGCUACAAGCACGCUACAGCUUUGACGAACCACGAUGGCUGUAGUCCGGUUGGAAACAGGAGAUCAUCAACCAGAAAACGGCUUCGUGUCAUCAGAAACGACUUCCACGGGGUUGCUGUCACGUAUCGACGGUUCUGUUUUACCGUUUCUUGGAGGAUUUGGGAAAUACCAAAAACAACUCAUCGUCCUGACGUGUAUCCCCGUUUUAUUUCUGGGAUUCAGUCAGUUCUCCGAUAAUUUCCUUUUAGCACAACCAAAUAGUACUUGCAUAUACCCGACCGCGAAGGUUGGGAAUAACACUGGAAGUUCUGUAUCGUUAUUGCGUGAUUCGAACAGUAGCACGACCGCUCCACGUUUGCAUGCCAAUGGCACUGGCAACGAAUCCGCAAGCAUUGAUUGUUCGUGUUUGGAGUGGAACUACAGGCUACAAACAGGACUCGUGCAAAAUGUGGUCACCAAGUGGAAUUUGGUGUGCAAUUCAGAAUGGAAGGUCCACAUCGCAAAGUUCUCUUUGCUCGUGGGUUCCAUAUUUGGAUACUUGGUGUUGGGGGUCCUGGCAGACUGGUUCGGACGGAGGCCCGUGCUGAUCACCUCGGUGCUCUUCAUGGUGGUGUUCGGGCUGACGGUGGCCUUCUCCGUCAACGUCCCCAUGUUCAGCACCCUGCGCUUCUUCGAGGGGUUCUGCCUGGCCGGGAUCACCCUCUCCCUGUAUGUGCUGAGGAUAGAGCUGUGUCUGCCGCUCUGGCGUUUUCGGGUCACCAUGGUGGCUAACUUUGUGGUUCUGGCGGCGCAGCUCCUGAUGCCCGGUCUGGCUGCCCUGUGCCGAGACUGGCAGAUCCUGCAGGCCGUCAUCAUCUGCCCCUUCAUCCUUAUGCUGUCCUACAUCUGGGUUUUCCCAGAAUCCCUGCGCUGGCUUCUGUCUACGCAGCAGUACUGCCGCGCCAGACGGCAGAUGCACCGAAUUGCCAGGAAGAACAAGGUGGGCGGGACGGACACCGACGAACUAUUCUCAGAACUCCAAAACGAGAGCCAGAAGAAGCCCAAGAAGACGUGCAUCGUGAAGAUGGUGGGCACCAGGAACCUGUGGAAGAACAUCGUGGUGCUCUGCGUGAACUCACUCACAGGGUAUGGGAUCCAUCACUGCUUUGCCCGCAGUAUGAUAGACCCCGAGGCGGGCAAGACCAGCGUGUUCCAGAACUUCUACGCGGACUACUACACCAUGGCGGGCAUCGCCGUGGCAUCCUGCCUGGCACUGUGCCCGGCCGUGGGGUUCAUGGGCCGCCGGGGGGGUCUACUCAUGUUCAUGAUCAUCACCGCCCUGGCGUCCCUGCUGCAGCUGGGCCUGCUGACCUUGCUGGGGAAGUACAGCUUUAAACUGAACAUAGAGCAAGAACAGUCCGACACCCUGAACAAGAAGUUCUCCAUCGCCUUCUCCAUCAUCGGCAUGUUCUCCUCCCACGCCGUCAGCAACCUCAGCAUCUUCUUCUGCGCGGAGAUCACGCCCACCGUCAUCAGGGGCGGGGGGCUGGGCCUGGUGCUGGCCAGCGCGGGUUUCGGGAUGCUGACGGCGCCCAUCAUGGAGCUGCACAACCAGAAGGGCUACUUCCUGCACCACGUGAUCUUCGCCUGCUGCACGCUCAUCUGCAUCAUCUGCAUCCUGCUGCUCCCGGAGACGCGCUACAAGCCGCUGCCCGAGCACAUCGGCGACGGCGAGGCCUGCGUCCGCCCCCCGCUGCUCGCCCCCAAGAAGGCGGGCGAGCAGGACCCCCUGCUCCACCAGGCGGAGCCCGGCGAGCGGGCCCGGGAGCAGGAGACCGCUCUGCGCGGGACGGACGAGCCCCGCGCCGUGGAGGACGUGUCCGUCUGCGUCGUCGGGACCCCGCCCCCCGGCACGGCGGUGGCCCCGCCCCCCUGCGUCGUAGAAGUCACGCCCGUCCGCUCGACGGGAGCUCCGCCCCCCUGCGAAGUGGACGCCGUGGGUCCCGUUGCUGUGGAAAACGAGCUCCCCAAGAUGACUGGCGCAAACCCACCCAACACACCUCCUAGUACUACAGACAUAACGCCACCUUCACCACCCUCUACUACAGACACAACACCACCCUCACUGCCCUGUACUACGGACACAACACCAUCAACACCACCCUCACCACCCUGUGCUACUGAUGCCACAUCUCCCGAUACUACAGACUCAAAAUCUCCCGAUUCAACAGACCAGAAAUCUCCCGAUACUAAAGACCCAAAAUCUCCCAGUGCUACAGACCCCAAAUCACCCAGUGCAACAGACCCCAAAUCUCCCAGUGCUACAGACUCCAAAUCUCCCAAUGCUACAGACCCCAAAUCUCCCAGUGCUACAGACCCCAAAUCUCCCAGUGCUACAGACCCUAAAUCUCCCAAGGCUACAGACCCUAAAUCUCCCAGUGCUACAGACCCCAAAGCUCCCAGUGCUAAAGACUCUGUAUCUCCCAGAGCUACGGAUGCUGUUCUCCUUGGUGCUACGGACGCUCCGGCUACUUAUGUUAUAGACGCCGUUAACUCUGCUCCCACAACCCCCUGCGCUACGGGUGUGCUCGCCGACGCCCCCACUGAUCCCGCAAUCCCUCCAGCCAACGGCACUGCCACAGCAAACGCCACGCCCCCUUCCCUCAGCCCAGGCUCCGCCCCCAACGGCGGCACGGAAGGCGCGAUACCGCUGAACGGCGCCGCCAACGGAGUGAGGUCGUCCUGAUCGAACCCUCCCACGGCGGGGGGGGGGGGGGGGGGGGGGCGGGUUGGGGGUUUCGCCAGGGCGGCAGUUAGGAACCCAGGCUCCUUCGACAGGUGCCCGUCGCCAGGAAGGGGGCGCGGCCUGCGCAGGAAGACGACGGGCGAGCCGUGACCCGUCGCUGCCCUUUGUUCCUGCCUUUCGGCCCGUGUACAGCGCGACGGCGUGCUGCACACAGUGACGAGCGCCCUGAGUGUCAUUUGCAGAGAGCUGGGCUGUGCCGUGGAGCAGAGAAGACCACAGUGCGGACGGCUUCGGUUUCAGCGGGCCCCGAAGUGAACGUUCGCUGACUUUCAGUAUUAAAUCCCGACGCAGUAUGACUUCCGUGCAGAAUUUCACCGUGUUUGUGGGGGGGGGUUCUUUCCCUUCAUGUAAAACUGAAUGAACAUCCAAAGUCAAAAAAAAAAGAAAAACAAAAAAAAAAAAAACUGGCUUGUGUAUAGUACCCCACGGAAGAAUACAAAUGUACAUGCUGCAGUCAUUUUUAAUUUAAUUUUAUUUUUUAAAGUGCCAUGAUAGCAUACACUGGGUAUGGUUGUAUUAUUAUGAAGCCUGAUGUCAUGAUCUACAUGUCCCAAAACUGAAGCAGGUCAUUUUUUAGCAAAGAUAAGUACAUGAAUCCAUUCAGCCAUUUUUAGUUUGUUCAAUUCAGAUCAGCUCUGAAAGCAGACAGAUAAGGCUUGAACAAAAUCAAUAAAUAAAUGUAAAGACUACACAGUGCACAUUGGAAGGAUGGAUAGCGAGUUUAAUUACUCUUGCAAAGAAUUAUGAUUUUGGUUGAGUGAUUCAUCUCUGGACUCAAAGUUUGACUAACUGCAUCUCGGAGAUCAAAGCAGCUGUCAGUAAACCGAAAACUUAAUUGUUCACAAAGAACAAUGAAACGAUUCGUAAUGAAAAUGUUCUAAAACCAUCUAUGACCUUUUGAUCUGAACUGACAUUUAAAGUUCAUCUUUAUACUCGUUGAUGCAGGACAACUCUGAAGUGGUGGGUAAAAUGUCGUGGGUCUGUGAUGUGAUUCUUAAAAUAAAUUUUUUUAAAUCCUGAGCUUUUAAAAGGCUGUUAUAGUUAGGGCUACUUAGUCCCAGGUAAUGAAGGGAACAAAACACCACACAGGCAUUAUAAAACCCAAAUGGCGUGAGUUCUAUUUGAAUGAAUUCUGGAAGUCGCCAAGCGCUGAACAUUCAGUGAGCAAGCGCAUCAUGCUUGUGUGAACAGAUUUCUGUAGGCUUUUGAGAGAAAUCUGUUUGGUUUUCUUAUUUCACAUUCCUUGGGUUUUGCAUUGAAUUCUGAACAAGGAGCAUUGCACCCAAACAGAACCAUGGCGUUACAGUGCCGACACAAUUCUGAAAUGAUUACCCCUCUCGAGUUCCAUAGUUAUGUCAAAAAAAUGCCAAAAGAGGGCUACUUUCACUUUCUAUACUUGCAAUGAUGGCUUGCUUUGUAUGCUCUGGAGAUGAGUUUGAACACUGUGUUGUUAUACUGAUUGUAUAAGAAGACACAACUAUUCACUCUUUCACAAUGAACUUUUAGGCCUAUACGUAUGUGCAUACCACACACAAAUUAUCUUAGUGAUAUCUGUCCUAGUGUGCUACAAAGGGGCUGGAUUGUGCAUUCAUGUGUGUCAUCCAUUGCCUGUAUACUCCAUUCCUUAAAUGUAAUAUCGGGUGCUAAACUGUCUCUCUUUGCCAUUAUGAUGAUGGGGUUCAGUUUAGAGGUACCGCUAUUGAAUGACAUCUUGAACUUGGCUAUUAUUGUACUAUUGAACACUGUAAGUGUUCUUCCUUCAAGACAAAGUAGGAGGGUGCAAAUUAGGCUUAUUCUUGUCAGUGUUGAGAUGUAGGCAACAUAUGUGCCAUUUUGUGUUACUAACGUCAAGCUUAAAUGCCUAAUAUAAAAAACUAAGAUAAAAUAAAACUAAAAAGCAAAAACACAAAUCUUUUAAAUCAUAAUUUUCAAACUACCAGAGUCACAUGGCCCGAGUAUUAAUUCUGUUGGAUUCUGUCAGCGUGUUUGUUUGAAUUUAAUUGGCACUUUAUCCAUAGAGACAGGGAAAAAGCAUGUAUACUGUAGGGACUGGGAACAUUAAAAUGAAAAUGAACAUUUGAUAAUGUAAAAGGUGGAAAAACAAUGCAAUAUGGAAUAUAUAUUUUUAAUAUAUGUCAAUAUGUGUUAUUGAUUAUGAUUUAAUCAUUAUAGCUGCUUCCAAAUAUGUAUCCUAUGAAUAUAUUACAAAAUAUAUUGUAAAAUGAAAUUAUAUUUUUGUAAAUUAAAUAAUACAUUCAUAGCUUCAUAUUUAUUUAAGCAGCUAUAAUUGGUUUUUGUAAUCCAUCGCUAAUUUUGAUAUAUAUUUAUUUAAAUAUAUUCCUUAUAUUUAUAUUUCUUAUAUUACAUUGGGCUGCUUAUUUUUAUUACAUAUUCACAAUUAAUACAUUUUUCAUUGUAGAGAGUGAUGUUUAGCAUCAACGGAGGAGUAUAAUUGCAAUUAAAGAGAUGCAUCUGAAAUGAAUUUGUUCCAGUAGGAACACCUAAUUAUGUUUUUUGAUCUUGGCCAGGGCUGUGAGGGCAGCAAGCUCGGCCAGGACUAGUGGCUGUCAGUGGGCGCAGUCACAUCCACUUAUUAUCCAGUGUUUUAAUGGGAGGACGCUGGAUCAGUUUAAUUAGUAAACCACUGUUUACAGAACUGUUCUUGGAAAAUGAUGUUGUACUGUAUGGAGUUUUUGUUUCAUUGUUAUUUUGUUUUAUUGGUCUUGGUAAAUUCACAUCAUGUUUUAUCUUGUUGCUGCUUAGGCUGUUUGUAACUAAGCUUGUGUUCAGCGGUCAACAUGUUAAGGCAGAAAUUUCUAAACCUGUUCCUGGGUUCCCCCAUAUGGACCAGGACUUAGCGGUCAAUCACACAGUAAACUUUUUUAAAAAUUGAAAUUGUAUUAGUUGCUGAUUUUAAGAUAAAAAAAAACAAAACAAAACAAGCCCCUUGUCUCUCCAGGACCAGGGUUGGGUAGCCCUGCAUUAUGGGCAUUCAACAGAGGUGCUGAUGGGAAAUGCCCUAGAUAGAGUGUUGAAAUGCUCCACAAACCCUUAGCAUGGACUUCACCUCCCAUGAGCACCUCUGGUAUAUGUGUGCUUAUCAAACUCACCCCUGAUGGGUCAAACAGAGCAAUAUGUUUAUUUUGAGACGUGUCACUACACAGCUACAAAAGAGAAGCUGUACAGCUUCCUUCCAUGCCUACCGCAGUUACAGGUAUAGCAUUGGUUUAUCCAACUGAUGACAUCACAUGGCAAAACACCAAUCUAUGCUGGCUGUUGACUGAAGGCCAGUGUUUCCCAUCUCUGUGUUUCCAUAUUCACAAUUUCUAACCUGGAUUAAAUGAUAUUUUAGAUGUGAACAUGUUCGACUAACAUGUUCGAAGUAGUCUUGAUAAUGAGCAGCAUAAAUGACAUUGAAUUCUGUGCAGCAGUCCCAUUCAAAUCAAAUUUGAUUUUGCAUAUGCUUAGAUUGCCAUUUUUAUUAUUCAAUAAAUAUUUCUAAGGAUUAUUUUUGUUUCUAGAAAAUUCUCAUAUUAAAUUGAAAGCAAGAAUUGCAGGGGAUUUUUUGUAAGCAUUGCCUUCAAAAUGUUUUGUAAAGACUUAAGAGUAUGGAUAUGGUUGUGAAAGUGAAUGCAGGUUACCCGUGGCUUCUAGUAGGCUACCUUGCUUAGGUUUAAAGCCCAUAAACGAUAUCAGGACACUGAUACUGAGUAGACACAGAUGAACCGGAUGGUGAUUACAUCACGCUGAAUAAGAUGCAACACAUUUCUCACUGUAAAAGAAAUAAAACUUAUUUUGCUGGGGCGGUUUUCAAGGACAGUAGGCUACUAGACUUCUCUCCACGAUUUUUCAGUGAUGAUCAUUCACUGCUUGCAGAGAAAAAUGGCUUUCCUGUGCAUUAUGCCAUUAUUUCUGAGCACUAAGUUUUUAAUUCAUCAGGACCAUGUGUGGCCAGGUAAGGCUGGUCACACAGAGAGAAAGAAACCGUAUCUGCAUUCAGAUAAUUCAGAUCUGUAACUCCCAAUGAGUUUAAUAACUUGUGAGCAUGCAAUACAAAGAUUAUGCUUCCACCAUUGUGUGGUAUUCAUCAAGUCGCGAGUACCACAUGAGAGCAUCUGUACAGGUACUUAAGCCAAACUAGGUUUCUUACAUAAGGUUUGUGUACGUCUUUUUAAAUGUAACGUGACCUCCCCCACUUUCUUAAAAAAAAUAAAAAAUAAAUACAUAGUGACAUACUGAGUGGGGGGUGGGGUUUCUGUAAAUACCUGUGACGCCAUCACAGUGACUCAUGCAGUCUUAAAAGAGCCUGAAACUUGAAGUGGAAUGUGUUUCUUCUGUUCACCAACCGGAACGGAACGGGGAAUGAAUGUAAAUCGCGUGUUGAUUGUCCCGGUUUUUAAUGAUGCACUUGUACAUAAGCCGCACAUCGUUGUAAUAAAGCUCUUUAUUUAUUGAUCACUUAUAA